UAAAUAGUGUAGUGAUAGAACAAUAGUGACAGCGAAAGACUAAUAGUGUAUGUUGACAAGAAAGAUGGCUGCUGACAAGUUGGAAAACAUAGUGGCUUUCUUGGCCGAAAUGAAUAAUAAAAUUGAUAAAGGUCAGGAAGAACUGAAGAAUGAAAUGAAGAGUAACAGGGAAGAAAUGAAGAAUGGCCAGGAGAAAAUGGAGAAUAGGCUGGACGAGAUGAAGAGUAGCCAGGAAGAAAUGAAGAAUGAAAUGAAGAGUAACAGGGAAGAAAUAAAGAAUGGCCAGGAGAAAAUGGAGAAUAGGCUGGACGAGAUGAAGAGUAGCCAGGAAGAAAUGAAGAAUGAAAUGAAGAAUAGCCAGGAGAAAAUGGAGAAUAGGCUGGACGAGAUGAAGAGUAGCCAGGAAGAAAUUAAGAAUGAAAUGAAGAGUGGCCAGGAAGAAAUGAAGAAUAAAAUUGAUAAUUGCCAAGAAGAGAUGAAAAAGAAGAUCGAUGAAACCAGCAACCAGUUGGAAGGCAAAGUACAGUGUUUAGAGCAACAUGUGGCAGAACAUGAAGAACUAGUAGCACAACAGCUGGCCCAACUCGAGCACACCACAGAACAGCGAAUAUCAGCGGUAACCGAAGAAUGGCGUCGGAUGCUAAAGGAUGCUACAUGUGCUACGAAACGAAGCAGUUAUUCUGGAGAUGUGAAGGUGGAAGCCGCAACCUGUCAUUCAAAGUUCAAGCCACCCACCUUCGAUGGCCAAACCUCGUGGGCUGUCUACAGAAGACAGUUUGAGGCAGCUUCUGAGGUAAAUGGCUGGGACGAGGAGGAGAAGGCUACAGCACUCGUCCUGGCCCUGCGAGGACCUCCACUCGAGCUGCUUCAGACCAUACCAGUACCAGAGCAGAAGAACUAUGCGGUACUGGUGGAAGCUCUCGAGCUAAGGUAUGGCGACCGACACAUGGGCGAGGUAUACAGAACAGCCCUGAAGACACGUCAGCAGCGGCCCUCAGAAACAUUCCAGGAAUUCGAGGCAGACAUCGAGCGUCUUGUGUACCUCGCUUACCCAGAUGCACCAACAGAAUUUCGACAACAGCUGGCAACCAGUGCAUUUAUAGACGGGAUCAGAGAUGCAGAAGUACAGCAGACUCUUCGUUUGGCCCGGCACAAGAAGAGCUGCGAUGCCUUGGUCCAUGCCUUAGAAAUUGAAGCGGCACGCAGUGCUUCAAGAAACACCAGCAUUAGGACAAGGAGAACUGGACUGGAGCCAUAUACUGAAGGAAAUGCCAGAAACAACACUAAUGAAGGAGAUAUCAUCAGGGCAUUGAAGAAGUUGCUAAAUGAUUCUCCGGGUACCCAGGCCCGAAGAGUAGGACGCCCACGGUGCUUUGUCUGCCAAGAAUUAGGACACAUCCAGCGGGAAUGCCCGACACACAAGAAGACAUCACAGAAAGAAGACAAGCGAGAAGAACAGGGAAACGGGCAGUAGCUGGUGUGAGGGGGCACACGCCAGCUCUACGGGAAAUGGUAGCCCCUAGGGUUUUCCCAGUAUCCUUACUUCGCAGAGGUCAGGACAGUUUGUUGCUUAAUGGAUGGAUCAAUGGUAGACAGUGUUUACUCACUGUUGACACAGGGGCAUCAGUGUCUAUCAUCCGCUCAGACCUUGUGAGUAGGGACAAACUGAAGAGAACACCCAUUCCAUACAGGCUUAAAACAGCCACUGGGGACACUGCACCAGUGCAUGGAUGGUUGGAAUCGGAAGUAAGGAUUGGGACUUGGACAUUACCACAGAAAUUUCUUGUUGCCGAUAUCACUGAUGAAGUAAUUCUAGGAGUGGACAUAAUGAAUCAGUAUGGAUUUGUUAUUGACAUGGAGGGACAGGUACUGCGUAUAAAAGGGGAAGAGGUGGCUUUGUUUACCCCUGAUCAAUUGGAAGUUCCUGUAAUGCAGGUAGUAGUUAGCGAAUCUGUGUCAAUUCCAGCAAACCAUGAGCAGAUUGUAGCUGCUAGAAUAAUGGGAGACCCUAGGGGCAACAUGAGCUACCUGAUUGAGCCGGAUAUGACUUUAGGAUUGGAGAAGCUCCUGAUUGCUCGAAGCAUUGCUAAGGUCGGCGAGGUUGUACCAGUCAGGGUAGCCAACCUUGAUUCGCGAACGAGGGUUCUGAAACAGGGAGACCCAAUAGCUAGCUGUGAACCAGUCUCUUGGGUAGGCCUGUGUGAGUCUUCUUCACCUAGCAUACAUACCGAGCAGAGACUUAAUCCUAAUUUAGAACAGUUAUUGGAGCGAAGCCAAGAUAAUCUGACAAGUGAAGA